CGCUGGUGUCCGCGCGCUCAGUCAAUGAGCACCGAGACAGGAGGAGUGUCCGACUGUUUACAUCUCGUUUCGGGGGCCGAGAGAGCUUUUCCUCCAGCAUGAUGUCGGUGUGGAAUUAUCGCACUCUCAACCUUUGAGAAAUAAAGGCGGCCAGCGCAAAACAGUGACCCGGCGUUGAGUCAUGGGAGGCCAGAUAACCCGAAACGCCUUGUACGACUCUCUGGGUGGACCGUUCCCCUCAACAACUCACCGAUGCCAUCACAAACCCAAACGCUGUUUACCCUUGCAUCCAUGCGGAGGUGUCCCUGUGAGCCCCCUUCUCUUCCACCCCAAUGCUAAAGGCUCCCAGAUAGUCAUGGAUCUAGCACAAAGGAGCGUCAAACGGCAGGCCAGCUUCUGCAACGGCAUCACGUUCAGCAACCGACCCAUUGCUCUUUAUGAGCAGGUCCGCUUAAAGAUAACUAAAAAGCAAUGCUGCUGGAGUGGCGCUCUCCGCCUGGGCUUUACUUCUAAGGACCCAUCUCGAAUCAAUCCCGACAGCCUGCCCAAAUACGCCUGCCCUGACCUGGUAUCCCAGAGUGGAUUCUGGGCCAAGGCUCUGCCAGAAGAGUUUGCAAAUGAAGGAAACCUCAUUUCCUUCUGGGUGGAUAAGAAAGGGAGAGUAUUUUAUCGCAUCAACGAUUCCAGCCCCAUGCUGUUCUUCAGUGGCGUUCGGACCACAGAGCCACUGUGGGCCCUCAUCGAUGUCUACGGUCUGACCAGAGGAGUGCAACUGCUGGACAGUGAAGUCGUCCCUCCAGAUCUUCUCCGCCCACGAUCCUUCACCACAGUACGUGGAUCCACCUCGUUACGACGUGAAGCAGACACCUCCCGCCUGUCCGUCAGUCUUUGCGAUCUUAACCUGCAACAAGAUGAUACCAGACUUCGGCUCCCCCCUGCCCCCGUCGCCUGUCCCAUUCCUCAAAACUCCAUGAACUCUCAGCAGUCAUCACUGCUUCCUCACACCUUGGAAUGUGACCUACGUUUCCACCAGCUCCGAGGUGCCCACAUCAAAACCCUUAACGAACAGACCGUGACCCGAUCCGAAAAUAACCGUGAAGAACGCACGCUGGUCUUCACAGAUCGCCCACUGCGAAUUGGCGAAACCAUCUUCAUUAAAGUCAUUAAGUCCAGCCCUGCUCGAUCUGGGUCUCUCUCAUAUGGUGUGACGUCAUGUGACCCAGCAGUGCUUCGCCCUAGUGACCUCCCUUACAAUCCUGAGGCGCUGGUGGACCGUAAAGAAUUUUGGGCUGUGUGCAGGGUGCCAACUGCUUUGCAGAGUGGCGAUAUCCUGGGUUUCCUGGUCACACAGGAAGGGGAAGUCGUUCUGAGUCAUAAUGGCAACAAUGUGGGUAUGCAGGUGUGUGUGGACAACUCUCGACCACUCUGGAUGUUCUUUGGACUGCAUGGUGCUAUCACACAGCUAAGGAUUCUAGGCUCCACUUUCUUGGGUGAUGCUCGUGAUCCAUCCAGCCCUGGCUCGCCCUCUGCCUCGCCCCUCUCGCCCUCAGGCCUGUGCGGUGGAAGCCCAGAGCCCAGUCUCAAUGAACGUGGCUGUUCUGCUGCCUUCUGCAGCUCUACUGAUGGAACCACACCCAACUCGCCCAUCAGUCUCCCCAAAUCUCCUACUUUCCCAUCUGCCUCAGGCUCAUGGCAGGACGAGUGUUCUAUCUGCUAUGAAAACACAGUGGACACGGUCAUCUACGCCUGCGGACACAUGUGUCUCUGCUACACCUGUGGCCUCCGCCUCAAAAAAAUGGCCAACGCUAGCUGUCCUAUCUGUAGGAGAGCUAUCAAAGACAUUAUAAAGACCUACCGGAGCACUUAGGGGGGCCCCCCUCACCCCCCAAACCUAAGUCUCAUAAGGGCCAUUAAGGAUCUCUAAUAGAUCUCUGUUUCAAGAGAGGGUUGGUGUCACAGUUCAGGGACUCACUCUGGCACUGCAUGGGUCUCCUUUCCCAUGGCGAUGACUUUUGAACCCUUGAACCUUCAAGGCUCAGGCAUCCAUUCACUAAAGUCUUUGUAUUUCAUGCUCAAGUCUCUGUUGCUAUGGUAACCAGUGAUAUUGCUGCUUUUUAGAAGCAUCUGGCUUUUCAACUGACAUAAGACAAAAAUCUUAAGACAGUAUCUCAUCAAAUUCAGGACAUUUCAAGUGGCAAAGGAGAUAUUCAAGGCUCCACAUCUCCCAUUUCUUCUACCUUCUCCGUGAGCCAUAAUAGACUCAUUCAUAGCAUAGCUGCAUAUCCUUUAAAGCUGGAAUCAUAUUCAAUAGGGGGUGUUACAGUCUAUUAUUUUUUCCUUCUGCUGUCCUCUCUAGUCAAACCAGCUAAGGCACUUUCACCAUUGAAAUUAAUAAAAAAACGUUGUCUCAGUGUUUCACAAUUUUUGUCUGUGCGGGGCUGAGACAGAGGCAGAAAGACAGAUUUAAAGGUACAGCGCUUUUCAUACCUCACCAUUCCAUGCUAGUUGUGUAACUGACAGCUUGCCCAUAUUAAAUGCUAUAAAGUGAGUUGAUCUGGAGGUCUUUGUGUAUUGAUGACUAUUUGAUCAUGUGUUUCGUGAUGGUAGGUAGCAGGUGAAGUCAGCUAAUGAGCCGCUAUAAUUUUGCUUAUGCGUGCGUUCAACAAGCAGGACAUUGUGGUGGAAUUAAAGAGAUAUAAUUUGUUAAAACAAUACACAGGCAUGAUUAACCAAUGAGUCAUGGGACAGAUACACAUCUAUUCAGUUAUAUAACAACUCAUUUAAAGAACAUUAAUAUUGGAUAUCUUAAUUGAUCCAAUGUAAUCGCCACAGAGAACUGCGAGCACCUCAUCUCACGACCCUAAAACAUGUUGGCCUAAUCAAACCUUGAUUUACUGUGAACUUGUUCUCGAUUGGAACAUGCACACUCUGGGUUUUCUGCAAAAGCAAUUGCAAUGUUGCCAUGGAGAGCAAAAUCUAGGAAGAAGGAAAACAGCCCUGAAGCAUUAACCAGUGAAAGAGUCAUUUGUGGUGAGAGGAUAUUUGAUUUGCCCGGUUAAUCCAUAUUUUCCCCAGCCCCCAACUGCAAACAGUUUCUGUAGGCCAAAAAUAGUGUGAAUGGGGAUAAUAGCAAGCACAGGCCACUGAUGAAAUAGCAAAUUGAUUACAACGGAAUAUGUUUUGUGCUCAGUGUUCCUGCUGGCUUUGAGACUGAAAAAAGCAGGGUCAAAAAGAUGAUCGAUUUCUUUUUGACACCCCCAAAGCCAAAUUCAUGUUAAAAGUAGCAUUUGACAGCAGACUUCUCUUUUGAAGCUUUACAACUGCACCCAAACAGCUUCUGAAGGUUAUUUAAGGACAAUUAAGGGAUAGAAAGUCUUGCUGCUGUACCAAUGGCCACUGAAAGGUGAACUACAGUACAUCCCUUAUCUCGCUGAGAGAUUGAUGAAGUUAAUUCAGUUUUAUAUUGUAGAGGUGAAAUGCAUAUAAAUGUCAAGAAAGAAAUAAGAAAUUGCAUUUUGAUGUCAAGACAAUGAAAUAUUUAACAUUUGCAUUUACAGUAUUCACGACAAUUAAGCAAAUAUUCCCUCUUAAUAAAGAAAUAAUAAUUAAUUAAAAUGCGGUGCAUAGUCUGCACAGUGAAAAAUAAUAAUAAUGGUAUAUAGCCAAACUUUUAUUUAUUGUUUGUAUAUAGAGUAUGUGUAGUACCUUUAAUUUAAACAGAUACAAUCAUGACAAUCUAUAAUGAAAAUCACCCAAAAAAUUGAAAGCAAAGAAUGUGUGGGAAAUAUGCUCAAUUGUGCGUUUGUGUCUUUUUUCAUUGUCUUUGAUAAUAAAAACAAUCUUGAAAUAUGACAUGACCAUGUUUUAAGGAGAUUGGUGAGGUCAGAUCUAGGUGUGACGGAUCAUUUGCAUUCAGGUCAGCGGACUGCAGGAACAGGUUUGAUUUUUUGUGGUUCUAGAUCCACUAUAAAUGUCACUUCAAUAUCCCACACAAUCAUUAAUCAAUAUUUUUUUAGAACUCCAGAUCCCAUUUCACUAUUUAUGGCAAAAAAGCAAAAGAGUACACAACGAUGUGCAUCUGUGUGCGUGUGGAUGUUAGAGCAGCUCAAGAGUAAUAUCAGUGAACUACAAUGGACUUCUGGCUAAUAUAGUUCAUAACUAGCCAGUUAGCUUGUGUAAAGCAAUCGUGAUGACUGGCGCUUAAAUUCAUGCUGCUAUUAGUAUUAGCCAGCUCUUCAGGCAUUGUUAACACCGUAUCGAUGAAAUGUCCUGUCAGUCUUGACAGGAUAUUCUGUUAAGAGUUUUAAUCUAUUGUUUGAAGUGGUGAUUCACUUUUGAAUGUUAAUUUAUGUUAACUAGAAGAACCUAUUAGCAUAGCUGUAUCUGAGGUGUUGCUAUAGCGCUUUGUUUGUAUUAUUAUAAUUUUUUAUCCUCUUUGAAUUAUUGGACCGAAAUUACGAUUGUAUAAUUUGCUUGUCAGUCCUCUAUGGUUUAUAUGAAAGUGUAUUUCUUGAAUUUUGUGCUGGCUUUCUUGUACCCAACAAGCUGUGAGCAGUAAACCAAUCAGGGGCUUCGCAGUAAACAAUCAUAACCAUCUUUUUGUUGGGAGCAAGAUGAUAUAAAGAUUAUGUACACUCCCUUUGAUAUCAGGUGUUUUUGAUUUCAAUGGCUUUCAAUGGAUUUCAAUGGUGUCUAUUUAUGGUGUAAUCUUACUGAAGUUCUGGAAAUGUCCUAAAGGCCCGAUAUUUCUAUUGAGAGCGUUCGUUUUAAAGAUAAAAAAAAAAAAACUUUACAAACCUUUAAACACCUUUUGAAAAACAGCAUUUUUUUUAUUAAAAAGGGCAAUUAUUUCCAAAAUACAUGUUCGUCACUUUAAAAGAAUCAAUAUUCCCCCAAAUUAAUUUUUCUUUUCACCCCCGUUUUGUAUUUUGCACAAUUUAGGGUGUAAUAUAAGGGCGAUCUCUGUGUUUCUUUCACUUUUUCAAAUUUGACUGUCGUUUGUUUUGAAACAUUUUACCAGUUUUUGACAUCAUCUUUCUGUUGAUGUUUGGAAAAAAAAGAAAUGAAUCCUGUUUGAAUAAGUGUACUAAUCUUACCCCACAUUUCUCUUAUUUUAAAUGCUUCUAAUGAAAUUGCUAUAGAAUGGGAUCGUUUAUUUUACAUUCUGACUACUCCACCUUGUUUUUCUGAAGACCUUCAGUCCUUAUCGACGCACCACAGUUGGAUUUACUUUGAUUGUUGUCGACCCUGUAAUGUACUUCAUUUAUGUGCCGCGUGUAGAGUACGAAGUGUUGAAUCUGAAGUGUGUUGCAGAUUCUGUGGUAAAUGUUAUUAACCUUAUUUAGCUUCCUGUUUUGGAAUUAUUUUUAAACAAAGCUCUAGAUAUAGGCCGAACGAAAACAGCCAUAUUCGCACACUGGCCAAUAAUUUUGUUUGUUUCAGAAAAAACAAAAAUGAUGUUUUGCGAAAUAACCACAAAUGGGAUCAGGGAUUGCAUAAAUGAUCACCCCUACCUUAAAUAAUCUCAAUUUCAGUGUUGAUAAAAUCUGAAUAUUUUUUCAAUGGUGAUAAAAACAGAAGCUUUUUUUAUCUUAUUAUAUAUACUUGUUUUAAAAAAUGAUUGGAACUGCUUUUCUGUAUCCUAGUAAUUGUUGUGUGUUUCGUUCACUCAUUACCCAUUGGUGAACAGUGGGACCAAACUAAUAUUGAAUCAAAAAGGUAUGAUUCCUCUUUCCCAGGGUUCAUUCAAGGGCUGUGUUAAUUGAAUCAUUGAUUCAUAGAGUCCAUGAGGUCGGUAGUGAUUUAGUCACGAGAAAUGUCUCAACUUAUUGUGGCAUUCAGUUUUUGACUCAAACCCAUGUUCAGAUUUGUUUUCUUCUUAAAGUCUGUGAUCAGUUUAUGAAGCUUUGUUUUGUCUGAGUCAAAAAUGACUGUCAAUAAACUUUGCAGAUGCGUUUCAGCAA